CUCGCAGUGCAACAGUUUCAAAAUAUUUAAUACAAAAUGAAUUUAUUUCUUAAACAAUUGCUAAUUCUCUUGUUGCCUUUAGUUAUUAAAGCAACUGAUUCAGUGACAUAUAACACGUGCUCAAAAGCUUCCAGGGAAAACGAUGCCAAGUGUGGAUCGUACUGCUAUCAAGUGGUUAAACCACUUCUUGACUAUGCAAGAUCCAUAAAGUCAAAGGAAGAGCAAUUCGAAGCGUUACAAAAUACGAUUCGCACACAAGAAGCGAAUUUAGAUAGCUUGAGAGAAACCAUCAGUCAAAAGGAUUUUCAACUUAAACAACAAGUCGAAUUAAGCUCCUCAUAUAAGAAAAAUAUUGAAUUUCGAGGAAAUCAAGUACAUUUUAAGGAUCUUCUUAUAGCCGAACUGCUCGCCAAAAUGAAUGAUAAAGAUGAAGAGCUAAAGAGCUUACGUACUCAGCACAAAGAUAAUGAAUUGAUUAUUGACAAUACAAAGCAAUUGGACCUUAAACUGUCAGUGUGUAAGGCAAUGUCCAUAGUCUCGAUCUGUCAAGGUAAACGAGAGGGGGUAUAUGUCAUAAGAGUUCCCGAUAUGGAACCCUUUUCUGUUUACUGUGAUACGCAGUCAGCUGGCUGUGGCUGGAUUGUCAUACAACGUCGUAUUAACGGAACUCUCAGCUUUAACAGAAGCUGGCAGGAGUAUAAAAAUGGUUUUGGAGAUCCGCAAGGCGAACAUUUUCUCGGACUGGAAAAGAUCCACUUGUUGACGCACUCACAGCCCCAUGAGCUAUACAUAUAUAUGGUGGACUUUGAAGGCGACGGCAGUUAUGCACACUAUAGCAAUUUUGCUAUUGGCAACGAAUCUGAGGCGUAUGCCAUUAAAAUGAUUGGAGACUUUACUGGAAAUACUGUCGAUUCCCUAAAGCAUCAUAUAGGUAUAAAAUUUUCAACACCAGAUAUGGAUAAUGAUUUUAAUGAUGGCAACUGUGGAACCAGCUUCGAGGCAGGAUGGUGGUUUAUUGAUUGUGGUUACUGCAAUCUUAAUGGACUCUACACAUCGGAGAAUAGGAAUAAAAUUGUGUGGAAUAGUUGGCAUACGAAACCGCUACGAUAUACACAAAUGAUGAUCAGACCGAAGUCUGUUUAAAGAUA